CGACAAGUCUCCGCACUUGAAGGAAACCUAAAAUGCCACGCUCUUCACCGUCCAACAUACCCUUGGCCCCCCCUUUUGCGCACGGUCCGUCACUGUUAGCUGCUAUUUCCUGGUUUUCUAUGGCUCGGUGGCAGGAGACCCCAAACCUUGGCAGCGCCGGGAUGUCACCUAGUCGCCCGCGUCGCGUGUAUGAUUGGCUAGCCAGCCUCUUAGGCUUCCGAUAACCUGGUUAUGAUCCCAGAAACCGAUUACACAGUCAGCGUGGCUCGGGGGGUGCACAUACUGGCCGAAUGUAGCCGGGGCCGCUUUUAGAAGGCCCAAUCGCAU